AACUCAGUGCCUGUGUCACCCACACCUGUGUCUCCAUCACUGCCACCGCGGGCCUGCAGCCAUGUCCUACCCAGUGACCAGUCAGCCCCAGUGUGCCACCAGCAGCUGCUACCAGACCCAGAUCAGUGACUGGCACACAGGCCUCACGGACUGCUGCAACGACAUGCCCGUCUGUCUGUGCGGCACCUUCGCUCCUCUGUGCCUGGCCUGUCGCAUCGCCGACGACUUCGGCGAGUGCUGCUGCGCGCCCUACCUGCCCGGAGGUCUGCACUCGCUCCGCACCGGCAUGCGCGAGCGCUACCGCAUCCAGGGCUCCAUCGGGCACGACUGGGCGGCCCUCACCUUUUGUCUGCCCUGCGCCCUCUGCCAGAUGGCGCGGGAACUGAAGAUCCGAGAGUAAGGACGUUCUGCACCUUGCCCUCCGUCCCCACCGGUCCUGCCGGGCCUCCUCGGGCCCCUCCGGGGAGGGCCUGCCCCACCGCCCCUGUCCCGCAGCCACAAAUACUCCCAUAAUAAAAACCCGAAAACCAA